AUCUCACCGCAAGCAGCAUCUACUGCUGAGGAUCCGUAUGCUUUCUUGUCGUCAUUUGACACGGUCCUACUCAUUGAUAACUCCGGCUCCAUGGCCGGCGCCUCAUGGAAGCAGGUCAAGGCAGUCCUCCAGGCAAUUGUACCUAUCUGUACAGCGCAUGACGAAGAUGGCAUUGAUAUCUACUUCAUCAAUAAGCCUACCAAUGCGCUGCCUGGUUUCGAAAUGGGCAGCGCGGGUGGUUUUUACCGCAAUGUCACCAAUCUUGCCAAGGUGGAGGAUAUAUUCAGUACGGUGAAGCCCGGCGGGGACACAAUGAUGGGCAGACGUCUCAAAGAAAUUCUGGUUCCCUACACGGAGCUCUAUAAACAAAAAGAGCGAGAGACGGGAGACAAGACGUGUCUGAGGCCGUUGAACAUCAUCGUCAUCACCGACGGCGAGGCCAACGACAACGUCGAGGAAAGCCUCGGCAACGCCGCCCGCUUCUUGGACGAAUGUGGCGCCCCUCCGUACCAGAUCGGCGUCCAGUUCUUCCAGAUAGGCAACGUUCCGGGUGUGGCCGAGUAUCUCCAGUACCUGGACGACGAACUGGGCCGCAAUUCCCGAAACGGCUUCAGGGAUAUGAUUGAUACGGUCACGUUUGACUGCCUUCCUGGAGACACCGCGCCGACGCUUACAGCGGAUGGUAUCUUGAAGGCCGUGCUUGGUGCGGUGGUGAAGAGACUGGAUCGUCGGCCUGCU